AUGGAUGACUUUGUUCAACGGCGACCUCGGGCCCUCGCCUCUAAACCUGAAUUGCUCCGGCCAAAGUCGCCCUCACCCGAGGAGCCUCCCAUGAAGAAGCCUAAGGUUGAGGAUGGCGCUCCAGAUCACACAGUUGCAACAGAUGCUGUCGGCUGGUUCAACCAGGACUCUGAUGAAAAACUCGCAGUUGCUUCACAUGAGGAAGAUGUAGAAUCGGAGAGUCGGGAGACUCGGCAUCACCAUCCCGCCAUUGAGGAUGCAUUACCACCAGUCGAGACAGACAAGGAAGCUAUCGAAAGAUAUGAGUUAUACAAGGCAUCUCAGUCCUCAGAUGUAGACGAAAAGCCUCACAAUGGAGGCUCCUUGACUACCAGAGUCAAUAUCUGUGAGCCACCUCCAUCGUCAUUCAAGGACGUCGAAACUAAUGCUCAAAUCAGCUACGUUCGUCUUUUCCUCCCUCUGAGGAACACAUUACAACGGUGGACGAAGCUGCGACCCUACUGGGACUCGAAGAGCUUCAAGGCUUUGUGCAAAGAAGCCAAGGUUCAGGGGAAGAACAAGGCAGGACUCGUCAAGGCACUCUGCCGCAUGAGCUAUCAACAGGCAGGGCUUAUGUCUGUCGGCCUGCAGAGGUCGGCGAGUGGGAGUCGCAGUAGCAAGGAGCCAUCGCCCGUCAAAGAUAUCUCGCCGGUAGCCUCUCGAUUACCACCGACCUUGACGAAACAAGACUCGAAUCGCGCUCAGCAUUUCUUGGACAAGAUCCUGGCGAUUACAGGCCCCUGUAUCCGACUGUCGCCCUUGACGUACAAGUUGUUCGAGAGGGUGCAUCUUGUCUUUUACCGGUCAACAGAAUGGACCGAAAAGUCAUUGACAACAAUCAUCCUUGCCAAGAUUGCCCGGCGCAACUUUCCAGAGUACAUUGUCUGUCGAACGUCAAAUAUCUUCAAGUCAAGGAGACAUCUCCUAGAGUUCGAGGCGGGUGUUCGUCUCGAAGCGGAGGUCGACCAAAUCCUAGAAUUUCAUGGCCCACCCGGAAAAGAAGGCUUCAGCAAGGUUAUGGAUAUCUUCGACAGGAUUUACCCUCGAUGGCAGGUGCUCAUUCAGGAAGAGCUUAUCAAAGAGGCCACAGUCUACGAUCCAGGUGAAGGAGCCUAUCUGAGGCGAUUCACGCCGGUGCAUUCGUAUACACGCAUCAUCCACAAGGCCACAUCGGUCCUCGGCCGCUUGAAGGAGCACAAGAAGGAGCAUGGCCUCCUGACCGAACUGCUCGACCAGAAUCUGUUCCACCCGGCGCGGCGCGGGAGCUGGUAUCAACGAAAAGCUCUACUGGAAGAACACUACAUGCAUGCACUCGACCCGGCUCCCGCGUCUGAAAAUCUAGAAAAGCAGAAGAGGCACUGGAAGAGAAUCGCCAUGUCGACAUGCGAAGCCGGACUCCAGGACAAUGACUGCCACGUCAUAUUUCACUACGACUUGCAGAAGCGCCUCGUUAAGAUCGAGAAGCAGCUUCGCAUCCCAUUUCGUGAGCAGCACGAUUUCGGUCACAUCCGGCUGAAGGCCCCAGAGGAGCACACAGUGGAGGGUGUGCAGCUGAAGGAGGUAGACCCCAUUGGCAAGAAUGGGCGUCAGGCCAGCACCAAGACGCAUUGGAUAGAUGAAGAGGAGGACGGGGGUGAAUGCAGUGUUGAGGAGAUGUGCCUGAGCUCCUACCGCAGCAAGGGUUGGAAGGGAUACCAUGCCGAAGGAGGCAUCAUCCGCACACUGUUCGCCUACCUCUUUUACGACGUUCUAUUCCUCUACGUUCCGAACGUAUUUCAGACGGCGUAUCAGACAUGCCCGCUCGACUUGCACACCGACUCUUUCUAUCCGACACGCGCUUCCGAGAUCAACACCGGCUGGUGGAGAUUGCCAACGGGGCCCAGAGCGCAUCAUCCGGCAGCUCGUCGACUGCUUCAACAGCAGCGCACUGUCCACGAUCUGCAAGGUGAUGGCGCAAGAGUUACGCCAGCGCGGAGGUGGCAUCCCGGACCUGAUCUCUGGCGGACCGAGCCCCAGAAGGAGUGCAUGUUCGCCGAGGUCAAGAGCGCGAAGGACCGUAUCAGCGAUACGCAGCGGUUGUGGAUUCUCGUGCUGACGGGCACCGGUGUCAGGGUCCGCGCUCUGCAAUGCUGUCGCGCGCGAGAUCAAGGUGGUCGACUGAGGCGUGAGGAUAACCUGGGCAUGGACCAGUCGGUUGCGUUGCAUGGCCAUCGCGUGUGA